CAUUUCACGCGCAAAUCUCCCAUAAACCCGUGGAAUCAUUUUUUAUUUAUGGAACAGAAUUGUCGUGUAAACAUUACUCACGAUCAUAAUUCAUAAAUGUGAGGUUAUGUGCGUUUUCACAUUCAAGCCAGUCUCGGUCAUUCGAUUAAUUCCACUAAGUUUCCGCAUGUAAGACUAACGAUAUGAUAACGAUAAUUUUAAUUGAUACUUAUUGUCUAAUGCAAAAUCUCUUAUCUGUUCAUGUUCAAGUAUGUGUAUAAUGUGUAUACAAUCGGAGCAAGAUGAAAGAAUCUCAUUGAAUUUAAUGAAAAGUUCACGAUAAAUAAUGAUAAAAGCAACUGUAACCAGUAAUUAACCAGUCAGUUCGGUAGUGCUCGUCCCCGGAUUAUUUAGGCUCCAAAUAUGAAAUUCGCAGAACAUUUAUCAGCGCACAUCACCCCAGAAUGGAGGAAACAGUACAUAAACUACGAGGAAAUGAAGGCCAUGCUCUACAUGGCGGUGGAAGAGGCCCCAUCCGCCGAAAGCGUAGAACCCGAAGUCCUCACUCGCCACUUCGCCAACUUCGACGAGCAGUUUUUCCACUACUGUGACAAAGAACUGAAGAAAAUCAACACUUUCUACUCGGAAAAGUUCGCCGAAGCCACGCGAAAAUUCGCAAACUUGAACAGCGAACUGAAAGCAUCUUUGGACACCAUCAGACAAGGAAAACGGAGAGAACCCGAAACGAAAAGACACAUUCCUGCGCGAAAAUUGCAAGAACUCAAGUUGGCCUUUAGCGAAUUCUACUUGAGCUUGAUCUUGUUGCAAAACUACCAAACGCUUAACUUUACAGGGUUUAGGAAGAUACUCAAAAAGCACGAUAAGUUGUUGUCUACUGACGUUGGAGCAAAAUGGCGCCAAGACAACGUCGAAACGUCGCACUUCUACACCAACAAAGACAUCGACAAAAUUAUCGCGGACACAGAAAACGCUGUGACCAAUGAACUGGAAGGUGGCGACAGACAGAAGGCUAUGAAGAGGCUAAGAGUGCCCCCUCUCGGCGAACAACAAUCACCAUGGACGACUUUCAAAGUCGGUCUUUUCUCAGGGUCGUUUAUAGUCUUAUUAAUCGCAGUGGUGCUAUCCGCAAUCUUCCACGAUGGCGCCACCGAAAACCUCAAAAUCGCCUUCAGGUUAUACAGAGGACCGCUUCUAAUAAUCGAAUUUUUGUUCCUAAUAGGGGUGAAUGUGUACGGGUGGAGAUCAUCCGGAGUCAACCACGUACUUAUUUUUGAACUGGAUCCAAGAAAUCACUUAUCCGAGCAACACCUAAUAGAACUAGCGGCCAUUCUUGGUGUUGUUUGGACGUUAAGUUUGCUCAGUUUUCUUUAUAGUAUGAGUCUUAGUAUACCACCGUAUGUGAAUCCUCUAGCCUUGACUGUCAUUAUGGUUUUGUUUGUGAUAAACCCUCUCAAGGUAUUUAGGCACGACGCGAGAUUUUGGUUCCUGAGGAUUUGUGGUCGCAUGUUUGGUGCCCCUUUUUUCCGAGUCGGCUUUGCCGAUUUCUGGCUGGCCGAUCAAUUGAACAGUCUUGCCAACGCACUUUUAGACUUCCAGUUUUUAAUUUGUUUCUAUUAUUCUCAUGGAGAUGACUGGUCGGAAGCAGGAGAUACUACAGAGUGUAUGGAAAGGAACUUUAUCAUAAGGCCUAUAAUCAACUGCAUUCCAGCGUGGAUACGUUUCGCUCAGUGCCUACGUCGUUACUACGACACCAAAGAAGCUUUCCCUCACUUAGUGAACGCCGGAAAAUACUCAACAACUUUUUUUGUGGUGGUGUUUUCAACCCUGCGGUCGUACUACAAAAGUAGCUACGAAGACCAAACCGAAAAUCCCUACCUCUUCCUGUUUAUAAUUGCCUCUAUAAUCAGUUCCUGUUACGCCUACACUUGGGACAUCAAAAUGGAUUGGGGCCUUUUCGACAAAGCGGCUGGAGAAAAUAAGUUCUUGCGCGAAGAAAUCGUUUACUCGUCUCCGUCGUUCUACUACUUUGCUAUAAUCGAAGACUUCGUCCUCCGUUUCGUCUGGGCUUUAUCUCUGUAUUUGACCGAAAGUGGCCUUGUCAGUGGAGACCUAAUGACUUCCAUUUUGUCGCCUCUAGAAGUCUUCCGACGAUUCGUUUGGAAUUUCUUCCGUCUGGAGAACGAACACUUGAAUAACUGCGGUAAAUUCAGAGCCGUCCGCGACAUUUCCGUGGCCCCCAUUGACUCGUCCGACCAGUUGCAAAUAAUCCGCAUGAUGGACGAAGACGACGGCGUGUUUAACAGAGGCAAGAAUAAGAAGGCUGGGAAGAAGAAGGAGGAGAAGAAGCCGCUGCUUUUGGAAGAGUCCAUCGCUAAUUUUAAGUCGAUUCCGUUGUCUACGAUGCAGGUCUAGGACGGGUAACAGACGAGUGACGGUUACUCAAUGUACUUAUGGCUUUCGUGAAAAUGGAAGCAGUAUUACCUACAGAAAGCAUUCCUAUGUGAUCUUUUAUAUAUCGUUUUAACUUAAUUUUAUAUCAGCUUUCAAUGUGUUGGCGAAUUGUGACUUAUGGAGAUGUUUACGAAAUUGAACGGUACUUAGAGAUAAGUUUGAAAUUUUAUCAGGAGGAGGAGAUAAAGUGCGAUGCCUUAUGUAGUGAGUGAUAAUUAUGUAGCGUAAAGUAUUUUAAAUAAAUUUUAUUUUCUCCA